AUGCUUCGAACCAAUAGAGAUGGCGUUCCAGCUCCAUUUGAAGAGCGAGUUCUGUACGCGAGGAACAAGUUAUUGAAUGGGGCUAGGCCAGCUGUGGUCGGUGGGACGCCGAUAACUGAGGAGUUAGCGACCGAACUACGAGUGACCUGCUUCAGCUCAGCAUCGUGUCCACCUCGAGGGGAAUGGAUCCGUACUCCGUUGGUGAUGAGGCCGCCAGACCAGCCACUUGGUUACGGAUUAGCUGCUCCGAGGAAUGGAGCCAGGUCCUUGCUAUCGGCUCUCCAAGCGCACAUGAUCAAGUGGCUGCUCUUCGACUCGAGGCCACAGACUAAGGACAACAAAUGCGACGUUCCUCCUGACACUUACCUUCGACCUUCGGAGGAACGUCAAGAAGAAGCAUUAUGGAGGGCCUGCAGUGAAGUCAUCUGGCGUUGUGGUGGAGGUGGUAACACUGGUCAGGCUGCUGCUGAUCCAAAGGCAGUGGUGGGGUUGCCAAGCGGAAAUAAUUACGUGCAACAUAGCUCCCAGUAUUACCAUGAUGGAGUUACUGAAAAGCUGCACAUUUUCGAAUUCACCACUUUGGAGGAUCUCCAGAUAUUUCUGAAGCGUUAUUUAUAUUUGUUCCAAAUUGAAGACGGAGUUGGAGCCUUGUUACUUCUCUAUGCGUGUGUAUUGUCACGAGGAUGUGAAAACAUCAAGAAAGACCUGGACGGCAAGAUAACGCAUCUAGUGUCAGCUCACGUGGAGGGAUCCAUCAAUGUGGUGACCCUGCUGCUGACUGGUCGAGCUACUCCGUAUCUUCAUAAUGGCGUACUGUAUGUGGGCGAUGAAGAUCAUUACGCUAUGCCCCAAUUCGGAAUACUAGCCCGCAGUCCCGUCGGUUUACUAGUAUGGUAUGGCGGCGAGGAGAACUCUAAGAAUAACAUCAACAAGCAGUUCCCUGGCUCCAGGCUGAAGACUCCUGCUUUACCUAUAUGGGUGACAAGUUGUUCCGGGCACUACGGCGUCCUCUUCAAUACAAAUCGGGAACUGCUGAGAAACUACCACGCCGAGAGAAGAUUCGAUAUCCACUACUACACGUGCGGCGGUUGUCACGUUCUGCUGAAUGUGGACACUCGAGCACACGAUGACGUAGCGGGGCCUCUGCGCAGUGAUGACAUCAGUGCUACUCCGCUUGAGAAGUUGAUUCAUACUAAAUGGCAGGAUGCGGCUAUUACUUGGACUGGGUCCACGCCAUACGUUGGAGAGCCUGUCAAGUGAAAUUUCUUACAAUUAUUAUAGCUUCGGUAGCAAUUGUUAUAGUUUAAGCUUUAAUAUAUUUUAGAAAUUAUAGUAUACGAUGGAAGAGAUUAUUAUUGCUAUUGAGCUGCUAAAAUACAUUUAACUUGCUGUUUUACUGGCUACCGAAUAAAAGUUACUCCGAAUGAAAGUCUACUCAGUUUUAGUUUAAAAGUGCAUAAAAUAGCUACGAUCGCAUGUAAAAAACGAGUAUUAACGAGGUUUUGUUUUUUAUAUUGUUAAUUUUAGUGUAUUUGAUGAAAUAUAUAGUUACUGAAAAACAAAAAUAUGCUUGUCAAACUAUACCUAUAUAUUUUU